AUGGCCAUGCUGCACAUGCGCGCGCCGGAAGCGCCAGGCCGGGGGCCCGACUAUUUGGAUGGCAUCCCUGACGACCUCGUGCUGUCAAUCUUCUCCAAGCUUGCCGCGUCCGGGACCUCCCCGUCCGACCUGCUCUCCGUCUACCUAACGUGCAAGCGGCUCAACGGCCUUGGGCAGCAGGAUAUGGUGUUCGCCAAGGCCUCGCCGGCGUCGCUCGCGGCCUGGUCGGAGCCCGUGCAGCGGUUUCUGAAGCGCUGCGCCGACGCCGGCAACCUCGAGGCCUGCUACAUUCUCGGCAUGAUCCGUUUCUAUUGCCUUGGCAGCCGGAGCGGCGGCCCGGCCCUGCUCGCGAAGGCGGCAGUCGGCGGGCACCCGGCCGCGCUCUACUCGCUCGCUGUAAUCCAGUUCAACGGGAGCGGGGGUGCCAAGUCUGACCGCGACCUGCGCGCCGGUGCUUCCUUGUGGCCGCUGGCUUCGGGCUUUGGGAGGCUUGAGGCUUCUCGUCCGUUCGUGGUAUGGCGAGGCAGAAUUGACUGGCUGAUGGCGAGGCAGAGGCAGAGGCAGAGGACCCCCGGUGGCUGGACUUUGAAGCCGUGA